AUGUGGAGGGCUAUACUUGAGUGCCAUCAUGCUCAAUUCAUUACAAUUUCUUUGGCAUAUCAUUCAAGAAGCUCAACAAGAACCAUAGAAGCCGAUGCUCACAGAGAGAUCCUAGCGCAACUUCUAGAAGAAUUCAAGUGCUUUGGCCUAAGCUUCGAUAAUUGGAUUAACAGCCAUACCUCAUACGUCGAAUCUCUCAAUGGAUGGCUGCAAAACUGCGUAUUACAGCCCAGUGAUCGUUCCAAGAAUAGAAGGCGGCCGCUCUCCCCUCUCCGUGUUCUUGCCCCUCUGAUAUUUGUUCUCUGCCGUGAUUGGUCUUCAGGGAUCAAGGCAUUGCCGGCCGAGGAUCUAAGCCGCACAAUCAAAGUCUUUGUAUCCGAGCUGUGCCGUGUCAUGAAGCAACAAGAAGAUAAAGAACUACAAGAGAAACAGAAUUUAAGUGGUGAAUUAAACAAUGAGAAAAGAAAGAGCAAACAUAAUACUAUUGAGGAUACUAGUGAAGAUGACUAUGCAUAUUUGUGUUGUAUACAUGAGAGCCUAACCAAGGUUCUUAGUCAAAUGACUAAUUUUUCCGAGGCAUCACUGAAGAUGUGUGAAGAUGUUGAGCAAAAGAGGCAGGUAGCUCAAGCUGCUUAUCAUAAUUGCAAAUCUGUUAGGACUGGAAAAUUUUAA